AUUCUCUGAAAUAAACAGCACGUUUCUUUGACAUGUAACAUCUAUAUAUAGGGCGAUUCAUACACACUAGAAGUGUCGUUUGAUCUCAAAUUUGAUUUAAAUUUAAAUCAAAGAUGUCCUCAGGUGCACCUCCACCAUACCAGGAAGUUCAAGGGAGUCAGCAAGGUUAUGGAACAGCCCCUGGAGCAGCUCCUCAAUACCCCCAACAAGGGAAGUAUCCUGGGGGACCACAGCAGCCCCAGGGAGGUUAUACCAACCCUGCAGGACCUCCUGCAGGAGCCUACACUGGCAACCCAUACACCAAUAACACUGGCGCCCCCUACAACAACCCACAGCAGGCUGGGUACAACCAGGGGUAUCAAAGCUACAGUAAUACUAGCAAUGUAGUUGUCCAACAACAGCCUGCUCAACAGGUGGUCAUCGUGGGAGGCUGUCCAGCCUGUAGGGUUGGAGUGUUGGAAGAAGAUUACACUUGUCUCGGGGUACUGUGUGCCAUUCUCUUCUUCCCCCUCGGAGUUCUGUGUUGCCUAGCUAUGAGACAAAGACGGUGUCCAAACUGUGGAGCUGUGUUCGACUGAGGUGCCCAAACAUUCUAGUGGGGCUCUCAUGUUCCUAGCCUGUUCAGCCUAAAGAAAUGAUAACGAAACAUUUGUUUGUGUCUCUAGGUUUUGUAGAGAAAUUUUCCAUGAUAAACGAACACACUUGGACCGUUCUAUAAGCAGAGCUAAAAAUCCACAGUUUUAUACAUGUAUUGAACAUGUAAAGUGUGCUAUACACUGCUACUCUUGUUUCUGGGUAUUGUAUCAACAGUAUGGAAAAUGUUUAAGUCAAAUUUGACAAUUAUUGAAAAGUAAUUUGACAUAGACAACAUCCCAAUUCCAUUUUAAGGUAUGUACAUUUUUGUAACAGAAUUAAUGGACAACAUCCAAGUAACAUUUUAAGGUACUUCAAUUUUUUUGUAACAGAAAUUAAUAACAGAUUUCUUCUUUCUUUUGAAAUAUUAAAUUAAUCUUUUUAACUCCUUCACCCCUGAAGACACAUUUGACCUCUUCCAAUUCAAAGGUGGGAAUAGUUCAUUACGAAAUUUCAGGGGUGAAUGAGUUAACCAAAAUACACAUGAAAGGAUAUAUGCUACCUUAUGAUGACUGGUAUCUUCGAAAGAAACCUGUUAGUUAUCUUUAACAAAGGGUAAGUUUGACCUGAUUAAUUGAUGACACACUUAGAAUGAUCAGAAUUCAAUUACUAAAUUUGUGUCGAGGGAGGUCAUUCUUGGUCAGUAUAUUGUACUGGGUAGCUUAUUCCCUUAAGGGCUUUGAGGGGUUAACCAAUGUUUUGUUAACUGUAUAUAUGUUUUCUCUUUGUAUGAAUUGUAUUUAAAAAUGAGAAUAUUCAUCAUCAAGAUUGAAAAAAAAAUGUGAAAGAUGGCAGAUUUUAUUUUAAAUUGAAAAAUGGAUAUUUUCUUCAAAAGAUGGUUUAUAAGGGGGGUGGGGGAGGUCGGUAUUUAUGUUAAAAAGAAAGUGAAAAAAUUUCCAUAGGUAUACAAAUGGAGGUUCAAUGAACUUUUUUGUACUCACAGACAGCAGGAUGCGAUAUUGCUAGUUGUAAGAUUUUUAUCAUCCAUUUACAAUUUUCCCAACCAAAUUUUUUGAAAUUAUUUAAACAUGCUUAAAGCCUUGCUACCCUUCUUUUUAAGUGACACGAUUUCAUAUGCUUACCUAAUGCCUAGUGCUGUUAUAGUUAUUACUCUAUCGUAGUUUAAUUUUGUGGGUAUAACGGUUUGGUAGUUUGGGUUUGAAACUUCAUUCUUAAUUGGUACUUAAUUUUUCAUCACAUAAAUUACAUUAGAAUUUCUUCAACUUUAAAUGAAUUUUCAAAAUUCACAAAAAGCACAUGUUAUAAAUAAGGGGGGAAAAGAGACUUUUGACACAUUUUUUGUUGAAGUAAUGUACAUGUAUAUAAAACACAUUCACAUUCUACAGGUGCACUUGGUACAUGUUUACUGUUAAAAUAUACUGUCAAAGUUACCCUAAGAUUUCAUAUCAACUCAACAUUUAUACAUGUGACUUUGAGAAAAAUUUGGGACAAAUUUUGGAAAGAUCUUGAGUUGAAAUACGAUCAUACAGUGUUUUAUAUAUAGGCUUAUUUUAUGUUUACCACAAUGAAUUUCAAACUAUAUUGAUGUGGAUAUAGAGGCAGCAAUAAUUGUGUCCACUAAUAUCCUACUAAAUGUAUUAACUCCUAUCGGCUUUUCUUCUAAGAAAGAAUGAGUUGAUUUCUAUUUAUAGCUUUUAGUGCAAUAAAGUCUGUUCCAUAUUACUACAUGUAUUUAGUUUAGAAUUUAUAUAAAUUAUUAAUAUUCAUGUCCAUAUAACUGUAAAUCUAUUUGCAUUCAGGAUGGUGUAGUAUUGAAAGACAAUUACGAAUAACGAUUUUAAGAAUGCUCUUUGGUUUAUAGCAUUAAUCAGCCAGAAAGAACUUCUCAUCCUUCUUCUUAUAUAAUAAGGUAAUGGAGGUGUGCCACAACAGAGUUCAGUGUAUUUAAUUGUAAACCAGUAUUAUCACAUUAUAAGAAGUAAGACCAGAUGAACGAAGUUCAAAAUUCGAAACUUUGCAAUUUUUUUUAUAUUCUUCUUAAGGAAGAUAUAAAUAUAUAAACAAGUUCAGUAUAAUCUUUAUCAUCCAAUGUCUUAUUCUGUUUCAUUUGAGAUGUAACGCGGUAUUUGAUUGGUCAGUUGUAAUAAUUUGUAACAGUAUAGCCAUGAUAUACCAUCCGCAUAUUUCUCUUUUGCAUAUGAAACCCGGAUGCCAAUUGUUAAUGUCAGUGACCCCAACUGACCCUGACACGCCAUCAAAUUGAUUAUUAAUGAUAUCAUGAACAAUAACGUGACCACGAAAGGUCAAUGUUAUUUCACUUCCCUGAGUCACUUUGAAUGUAACUGAUGUCACCAUCCACAGCAGAGUGUCAUCACAAAGAUUUAAAAAAAAAAUAAACAAAUAUAUCUUCAAAUUGGUGUUCUAUCGAUGGUUUUAGCUGAAAUGAAUAAGAAUGCGGAUAAUCCUACUGCGUUUUGAGAUUUGCGUCUGUUUAAUGUGAACGUACUGUCACAAGUAUCUGUUUUACUGGCUCUGCUCCAUGUUGCGUCACCAGUAUAACCAUGAUAUACCAACAUGAAUUAUCAAGUAAGGUUAUUCUGUAAGAAUGACGUUUCCAAUUUUUCAAAAAAUGAUUUUCAUGUACGGAUGUGUACAUUGUGCUGUAUUAAAGGGAAAUGGUUGUGAACCAGGAUCAGUUGCUUUGGAGUUGAAAAAGGAAAAAAGGGAAAAAAAUCAAUCAUAUCAGUAUAGAAGAUUUUUGAGUAUGAUAUGGUAAUAUUUAUGCAAAAGAAAAUUCCCUAAUACAGCACUUGUUAUAAUUAGCAGUAAAGAGGAAAUUUCAAAUUCAUAAAAUUAUCAUCAGUGACUAUAAUACAGUGAAACCUGUUUAGAAAAAACCCUGAGUUAACCGAUAUCUUGUCUAUUCUGACCCCUGAGUAUUCUGACAUCAUAUAUGACAUGGCUAAUCCAAUAAUCAGAUUUCUUUACAUUAGCUACAAAAUAAAAUCGGACAAGUCCAAACAAUAGGGGUCAUAUAGGACAGGUUUCACUGUAUUAAACAUGUUUUUCAUUAAAAGAAUUAUCAGUAUUCACCCCUUUCAUUAAUUGUAAUUUGUCAUUGUUUACAUAAUCACAUAAGAUAUUACACGAUUCAAAUUUAAACUUGUUGAAAUAAACCAUACCAUUAUAA